AUGACUCAUCGUGGUGGCGUCGGACGCAACAAACGAAAAUCAACACCACCUUAUCCCACCGAUAAGAAGGGUCGUAAUCGGGCCUUCUCACCACCAUCAUUUCCAUUAAACUCAUGCCUUAAAGACUUAUCUACCACGUCGAAAAAACGCAAAGCAAGCCAAUCUAGCACUGUCUCACCUCCUGAAAAUUCAAUAACUCUGAAGAAGCUGGCCAUGGCCACCAAUUGUUCAUCAAUUCCGGACACGGAUAUUACCACUAACAGCAACAACCGUUCUCGUUCCGUUUCUGUGGAUGGAUCCGAGUAUUCUGAUUCUAAUGAUACCACUGACGAGACAAACAAAAAAUCACUUAAAAAUGACCCACAAUCCGACAAUAAACGCUCCACCCGCAUGCUACCAAUUCUGAUCCAAACAACCACUGACCAUCCAUGGCGGAAAAUAGCAAAAGCCAUGUACGCAAAAACUCAAUGUCUCGACCAAGUGACCGCAAAAACUACAUCGAUUCCGUUACAAAUCCAAAUAAACUGCCCUGAAGAAUCCUCAUUCAGACUCGUCCAACAAUUCAUGACCAUCAACAAAAUCAGCUUCCACACUUUUGCAUUACCCAAAGAACAAUCUCUCAAUAUUGUAAUUAAAGGUGUUCCACUUGACGUUACUGACGAUGAACUCAUGGAAGAACUUCUAGAGGAAGGUUUCAAACCAAAUUUUGUCCGAGCUUUUGUAAAAAAUGAUAAAAGACUUCCAAUCCAUCCACAUGGUCUCCCUAAAACGCACAGAAAAUGUGAAAGAAAUAUUUGA